AAUAAAAGGAUGACUUUUGCCCGCGUUUUUUAUUUUUAUUUUAUAUAUGUUUGUUUACAUAUUUGUUCACUAAAUUUAGUUUUAUAGAUGCUUAGAAUUGUGCACAAGCUAACAUAAUGUCUAGAAAGGCCGCUAAUCAGAACAAACAGCUGACAAUGUCUGCAUUCCUUGGUCUGGACAGCAACAGCCAGAGUCAAUCGAGCCAACUUACGAAGCCCGCAAGAAAAAAUAUUUUAGCAGCAAGGACAGCAAAGGCAAAGUUUUAUAAUCCCAUUUAUCUCGACUCAUCGUCAUCCGAUGAAGAUGAUGCACAGACUCAAAGCCAAGUGCCAUCGUCUACUACAGCGACAGUUACGAAUAAGGCGCCUGACAAAGAUGCCAAUGGCAGUGCGCUUAUCAAAAGGUACUGCUUUCAAAAUGCCAACCAGUCGCCACUAGCUCCACUGCCAACAAAUUCUGUGAACAAGCAACAGUCGCCCCCGAAGGCAACCGUGGCUGGGAGUUUGAAAUUGAACUUUGAUAACUUUGAUGAGGUGCUCAGGCAGGAUGCAUCUUACCAAGCGACUUUAUCAAAGCUCAAUGGCCAUAUAAAUAAAUUGUCCGAAUCGCCACGCAAAACACUUUCACUGUCGCAAUCUCCAAACAAAUGCGCUGAAUUGAAUGGCAUUGGAUCAUCGAAAAUAAACAGCUCGUGUUCCAGCAACACUCUGGACGACAGUUUUGAUAAAAUGGUGAAAAAAAACGUCAAAGAGGAGCCCCUAUCUGACACGCCCACUCAACUGUUCGUGUUGCCCAAUAAGUCGGCCCCAUCUUCAACGGAAUCGAAUACUCCAGGUUCCCUAGUGGUCAACACAGAGAAGCCCUCAGCUGAGCCAGCAACGGUCAGGCCCAGACUUAAGAUAGUGUUUGAUAAUACCCUGGCUGACUAUUUGCGAGAUUUGGGCCAGUACGAUAUAGGAAUGGCCAAGACCGACAUUGGACAACAGAAUGAGACAAUGCUAAGGAGCACAAUGGGCAUGUACAAGAGCAAGUACAUAGAGUUAAUGGAGAAAUACUGCGAGGUGAUUGAUCAGAUACCCGCGGUGCAGUUUAAUGAAAUCGAUGGCUUCGAGGCAAACACUUUUCUCAAGCUGAAAGUCAUGCGUCAAAAGUUUAAGGCGCGUACACAACUCCUGGAACGACAAAUAGAGCGCAGGCGUCAGGAGCGCAAUGUGCAGCCGGAAGAGCCAGACUUUGAUGCACUGGAGCAAGAGGAACGCGAGAUCCAGGCGGAGCAGCAUCACACGCCGGCAGAAACGCCUUACAGUCAUGCAACUUGUCCGUCAGAGGAAGCGAACGAGGAGGAGGUAAACGAUUUGGUCUUAAUGACUACCAGAAAACCAACAACAACAGCCACAUCAACAAAAACAUCUUCGAAUAGAAACUAUACAAAUGGCCCACCUGAUGAUUUGGAUGAGCUGGUGGCUGUAGAUGGUCCAACAGAGUCGGACGAGGAUGAUUAUUUAGCUCAGACAAUGCGACUCGAUGAGGGCGAAAUAUUCAGCUCCACACAAUGCCCUUCCCCAGUUGUAUUAGCUGCCCCAGACAAACCCACGACUGUUAUUGAGUCCGACGAUGAUUUUGAGGAGACAAUGAAGCAAAUACGCGAGGAGCACGAGGCGCUGAAGGGACGAAAAUCGGAAUUUAAUAACUAUGCCUAUGCUGAUUUCGAAGCUAUUAAGCAGCCACCAGCAAAGAGUUUACAAACCGCUAGCCAGACUCCAACGGUUGUUCUUGAUGAUGACGGCUUUCCAGAGUACGAUGAGGCGCUGUUUGAGCAGGCUCAUAUACUGGCGUCGCAAACUAUUGACUUGACUUCCAACCCGAUGGUCGAAGCCCAGUCCAAGGCUACGCCUAGCACAAGCGGAGCUACAAGUGCACCAGUAGCAGUGACAGCUCAAAAGAUCGAGGCUAAUUUCCAUUCUAAUGUACAUAACGAUGGCAUUACUGGCGAAUUCGAUGGCCAGAAAUAUGAGCACUCCACACGUCUGAUGCAGGCACUUAGCUUUAGCUUUGGUCUGAAGAGCUUUCGACCCAAUCAAUUGCAGGUUAUAAACGCAGCACUGCUGGGCAAUGAUUGCUUUGUCCUUAUGCCGACGGGUGGCGGCAAAUCCUUGUGUUACCAGCUACCCGCGAUUCUCACAGAAGGCGUUACCAUAGUCAUAAGUCCACUAAAAUCUCUGAUCUUUGAUCAGGUUAGCAAGCUGUCGUCGCUAGAUAUCUGCGCCAAGAGUAUUUCCGGUGAUCAGUCUUUGGACGAGGUGAUGACUAUAUACAGAGACUUAGAAAGUCAUCCACCGCUGGUAAAGCUACUAUACGUUACACCAGAAAAAAUUUCCAGCUCGCCGCGUUUCCAGGAUACAUUGGACCAACUGAACGCCAAUAAUUAUAUCAGUCGUUUUGUCAUAGACGAGGCUCAUUGCGUGUCCCAAUGGGGCCAUGAUUUUCGGCCCGACUACAAGAAGCUGGGCAUUCUGCGUAAGCGCUUUCCCAAUGUGCCAACAAUGGCGCUGACUGCCACAGCGACACCUCGUGUGCGCCAAGACAUAUUGCAGCAGCUGAAUCUGACGCAUUGCAAAUGGUUUUUGUCCAGCUUCAAUAGACGCAAUUUACGUUAUCAGGUGCUACCCAAGAAGGGAGUCUCUACGCUUGACGAUAUGCGCAACUUUAUACAGUCACGACCUGCGACCGCCAGCGGCAUUAUCUAUUGUCUUUCGCGGAAGGAAUGCGACGAGGUGGCGAAGAAAAUGUGCGCUGUGGGCAUUCGAGCGUUAUCCUAUCAUGCCGGCUUGACGGACGUGGUUCGAGAGUCCCGCCAAAAGGAUUGGAUAACGAACAAGGUGCGGGUAAUAUGCGCCACAAUCGCCUUUGGCAUGGGCAUAGAUAAGCCCGAUGUGCGCUUUGUCCUGCAUUAUUCGCUGCCCAAGUCUAUCGAAGGCUAUUAUCAAGAGGCGGGUCGCGCAGGGCGUGAUGGAGAAAUAGCCGACUGUAUCCUUUACUAUAACUAUAGCGAUAUGCAGCGCCUGAAAAAGAUGAUGGAUGCUGAUCGAGCUCUUCAGUAUCACGUCAAGAAGAUACACAUAGAAAAUCUGAAUCGCAUUGUUGGCUAUUGUGAGAAUAUUACCGAUUGCCGCCGUGCUCAGCAGCUGGAUUACUUUGGUGAGCAUUUCACAAGCGAACAGUGCCUGGAGGAUCGGCGUACCGCCUGUGAUAAUUGCCUGAAGAAGCGCACUUAUAAGCAGAUUGAUGCCUUGGAGCAAUGUCGCAAAGCUGCGUGUGCUGUGCGGGAAUUGUGCAGCGGACGGUCACGCUUCACACUGCUCCAUAUAGCCGAUGUACUGAAAGGCUCUAUGAUCAAGAAGAUUGUUGAUUUUGGACACAAUAAAACACCGCAUCAUGGCGCUCUAAAAGACUGGGACAAGACGGAUGUACAGCGUUUACUGCGGCAUAUGGUGUUGCAGGAUUAUCUAAAGGAGGAUCUUAUUUUUACAAAGGACAUUCCUCAGGCGUAUAUUUAUCUAGGCAAUAACAUAACAUCGCUUAUGAAUGGCACACCGAAAAUAGAAUUCGCUUUGUCACGUAAGGAGAGUAGCGGUGGCUCUAAGACGGUGGCCAGUGUCUCUGAACCAGCUGCAGCCGGCAGGCCCGAAAUAAGUAAUCUACACGAACGCUGUUAUGCAGAUCUGCUCGAUCUGUGCCGCACCAUAGCCGCUGCACGUAAUGUGACCAUGGCUAGUAUUAUGAAUAUGCAGGCCCUCAAGGCCAUGGCCGAGCAGCUCCCAACUACAGAGAAGGACAUGUGCGCCAUACCACACGUAACCAAAGCCAAUUUCGAUAAAUACGGAGCCAAGUUGCUGGAGAUAACCAGCGGAUAUGCCUCAGAGAAGGAAUGCUUGCAGGUCAUGUACGACUUAGAGGCCGCAGAAGCUGCUGAAGCUGCAGCGGCUGCUGCGACUCCCCAAACUUCAAGUAGCGCCCGUGCAUCGUGGGCGGCUCAAGGUGGUGAUGAUGAUGACUGGGGACAGGCGGCGGCAUCACAGGGAAGUGGAGGAUCGGCGGGUGGAAUGCGUGGCGGCAAGCGUAAGCGGGCUUGGCGCGGACGGGCCACAACCACUAUCAAGCGCCACAAGGGCACCGCAUCACCGCGCAAAAAAGCGACGCCGGUGAGAAGCACUCGAGGUGCCAGCAGCAGCAAUCGAGGAGCGACAUCCAGGAGAGGUGCUGCCACCGGUGCGUCCAGUUGGUUGGGUAAGAAAACGGGCACCAGCACCGGCUUUCAAUUGAUGCCGAUGCCCGGAUCGCGGUAGCAGAAGAACAAUAAACAUGUUUUUGUUUUGUCACUUUGUUAA